UCUAGGAAAGUAAAGGAGGCAUUGCUCUAGGGCAGUCAGCGCGCGUUGCUUGUUUGUAUAGGUGUUCUGUGGCGUUGCACGCGUUCUUCGUUCAUAGUCUACUUGCUGCGUUCUCCAGUGUGGGCUCUCUCUUCUAUGCUCUUGUUGCGCAGAUUUUAUCUUGUGCGAGAUGUACCAUAAACAAGCAGCAGAGCCGCCCAAGGAAGAUGAGGUGGUGGUCGUUCCAUUGCCGUGCUGGGGCCGAGGCAGCAAACUUGUACCUUUGGAUGAGUUGCCGCUGUUUCAGUUCCUCAAGAGGCAGGCGGCAGAAAAAUCUGGACUGUUCAGUCCUUCCCAACCAGGCAAUGCCACAGGGACUGCAGAAAAGACACCAGGGGCAACAUCACCUGAUGCACAGCUCCCCUCGGAAACUGUCCCCAAAAUAGCACCAGAGCCUUUAAAAGCUUCUGAUGAGCGGGAUAAAAUGCUACAUGCGCAAGAACCGCUUACAGUUCCUGCUGCUGUUGCUGCUGCACCUCCUCAAAAGCACGGUAUCCCCAGCUCAUCGAAGAUGCAUGCAGCCCCAAUGAUGAAGCAGCCGACAAGAGCCCGCCCUUGCACUACAUCCCGCCAGACCAGGGCACGUCCUGGUCAGCUGCCACUCUACCCAUGCCCUCCUGUGCCGGUACCUGAUGCUGGGUACAGCGGCCCUCGUCUGGAUACGGCUGAGGCACAGCUCAAGGCAGCUCAGGUGCCUAUUAAGAAAAGCCCCUUCGAUCCGAGUGAAUAUACUCAUCCCCACGACCUAACAUGGUGGGCCGCCUCUCUUGCUCAAGUGCAACCCCACGAGCCAGUAAGCGAUUCAGACGACGAUGAUGGAUAUGCACUUCAGCGACCAUUGACUUUUGAACAAGAUUCCAUUUGCGAGACUCUCUCGACGACGACACUGGAGUCCUCCUCCAUGGAGCUAGAGCAUGAACCGACUCCAGAGGGUCGCACAGCAGAAGCCCUACUUGGCCUAGAGCCAACGGAGACUUCUACAGAAACUUUGACAGGGAGUUUGCCGGAGACUCCUGCAGAUAGUCUGACAGAGACUCCACUGGGAGGCACUUCACAGUGCUUGGAGCCCCUCCCUCCUCAGGAAGUGGACUUUGCCAUUGACAGCGUAGCUGCUGAACACAAAGCUUUUGAGAAGAGCGAUAUGGUGAACAGACUGUCAUGUUGUGCUCCACACCAGAGGACCCCGCAUUUGAAUGAUGUCUUGAAGUGUCUUUGUGGAAAGAUACAAUAUCACGCUGCAGUCACCUGACAUUAUGGUCUACUUAACUGCUGCCGAAUUAUUUGACAUUUUCCACUGUUACUUAAACACCCUGCUUUUUCUUACUCCAUGUUCUCUAUAAUGUUCUCGCUAUUUUCCUUGUUGGGUAUAGUUUCAUCAGUAAUGAGAGUUGUGAUCUACUGUGUCAACUUUCUAGAACAUUUUUUUAUGGUUGCUUCUUAACAUGCACACACCUGCCUCGGCUGUCUGUGAAAUUUUAUGGAGCCACAAUGCAUGGAACACUGGCUUCACACAUUGCAGUACAUGAAACAAGUAGUGAGUGUACCCUCAUGACCAUAACAUCAUUUGCACCUUGGUGAGCGGAACGUGGUGUGGUUUCUAGUAAAAGCUGAAAUGAUGUCAAAGGCUGAAAGCUUUGCUCGUGAGAGCACUGAGAGAAUCGAAAAGCCUUAUUGUAACGGACCUGAUAUGAUUGUUUAAUCUUGAGAAACCAGGCCAUCUGUACUGCUUGUACAAUUUUCACAGAGGUAAGUUCUUUCAUUUCUUUGUAUUAGUAACAAAAACACUCAUGUUUUAGCUAUCAGCAUCAAAAUGCAUAUCCUCCUCCAGUGCUCUUCCAAGGUGAAACACUGUCAGUGCGCUGUUAGUGUGCUGUUAGCGCUUUGUCGUCGUUUUAUUCCUUCUGUUGUCCUUGUCUUGGGUGCGCUGUUACAACUGUUAGUACAUUCUGAAGGAUAUUGAUCCUUUCCUUGUAUUCAUGGCUACCAAUUUGAAGAUCCAAAGUCUAUUGUCUGGGCUGCAGAAUGUCAAACUGGAUAGCUGCCUCUGUGAUAGUCCUGGUCAGGUCAGCUCAGGUAAGGCAUGGUGGAGCAGCACGUAUAUCGCCAAAAUCAAAAGUGAAGUAUGUGCAGGGAGACGCUGCUGGAGCAGAAGCUGGAUUGGUAUGCUGGAAUACGAGUGCAGCGAGUGUGAAGCAGUGUAUACACUAGGGCCACUCUUGUCGGCAGACUUUUCUGUACUGUGCGUAUCCUUGACCCUGUACCCUCUUGCUCAGUCAUCCUCACCAUCGAAAAGGCUGAAGCUGUUCUGUGUUUUUCAUUCUUUAGCGGCACUCGUGUCGGUGCCAUGGAAGAAUUGGCCCUCUACAUUGUUCAAGAAUCACGCUGUGGAAAAUGCAAGUUUGUCUGUAAAGUCUUGUGAAGCUACAGUUUAGCAAUCCAUUAUAAAAACAGCGCAACAGUGGGCAGAGGAUGGAGAGAAAAAAAAUGAACAAAAACAGUGCCUGUGUUCAUUCUUUCCUUCCGUUCUCUGUCCACUGUUGCACUAUUUUUAUAAUAAUCAACUAGCCAGUCACACACAUUGCACUUUAGUGCAUGACUAUGUUCUUUUAAGUGACACCCUGCCCCCUACCCCUGUGCACAUUAACAAUAAACCAAUUAGAGCAUAAAAUCAGCCAUAAACAAAUGUUGGCUUAGCCUUAUUCAGAAAGCAUCAUUCUAACAUUUGAAACAGUGCAAGGCACAGGGCACAUUGAGGGGCAGCCAACAGACUUCCAUAUAGGUGAUUCACAAGUCAGUAUCAAAUGUGCAUCAGGUUUUGCAUUUAUGUUGAACCUGGAACCCAUUCAGAUGACAGGUGAAAAAUUUGGGAAUGAUUGCAGCAUAAAUAAAAGCUUGGUAGAAACAUGUCACAAAUAGCUGUCAAUUUGCCAGCGUCUUGAAUGCUGCUUCUUACUAUGUUUCUAACAGCAGAAAAGUUGUUUUAUGCUCUACUUGAUUAGUAAGACUAAGAGAAAAAAGGGGACUAGAUUUUUUCUAAUCACGACCAUAUAACUUCGACAGGCAAUGCAGCCAAAGAAACCAUAGGGGUAAUUAGCUGUGGUUUUAUUUAUUUAUUUAAGAUACUUUCAAUGCCCGAAGGCAUUACAGAAAGGAAUGGGGGAACAUAACAAAAGAAUUGUGCAAGAUACAAAGACACAUUCAACGUGGCGUUUCAUGAAUGGUGGUUUUGAAGGUGUUGGUAUCCAGGAUGGCUGCAACGGUGGCGGGAAGCUGGUUCCAAUCUUUGCUUGUGCUAGGGAUGAAUGCAUUACUACAAAGUUUAGUACGUGAAGACGGCACACCAACUUUCAUGCUGUGGUCAGAGCGAGAUGAUAUGUAUGACGGUUGAGUGAUGAGCUGUUCUUGUUCUUAAAUUGGAAAUCUGAAAUAUAAUGAGGAAAAGGGAAAAUGAAAGUGGAUGAAAAGAUGCGGCAACAAGUUGUCUUUCGGCCACUUUCAUAUACUUUUCUUUUUCCCUUUUUCUCAUUUUAUACAUUUCAGUUUAAAGCAUAGCUAAUUACACCUAUGCGUUCCUUGGCUUCAUUGCCCAUUGACUUUAUAUGGUCCUCCUUAAUUAGUGGCAUAUAUCAUAUAGUGUUUGUUAUUCUGUGGCUUACAUUUUUCCAGACAAACUUCAUGUGCUAGAAUUGCAUUUGGGGCUGCACUUACUGGACAUUUAUGGUGUCUUGUUCGGCUGCAUGGGAGGGGGCUUCAAAAGUUGGAUUGGCUCAUGUGUCCCACUGGACAAUCACAAUCAAAAUUUAUUGUUUCCAACUUUGCACCCUCCCAUACAACCAUUCACUGUUAUAAGACCAUUACAAGCUUGUCAAACUGUUAUGCAAAGCUGACAUUAUUUUAUCGCUUCACUGUUUGUCAUUGUACUUGGCCAAAAUACUUAUUAAACCAUGCAGGAAACUUGUGUUUUGAAUAGCGCUUGGUUGAUGCGUUGUCAAAUAUCAUUUAUGGCUUCAUUAUGGUGUCUGCGCAGUGAAGCUUGUUUACUUCAUUACUGUUUUCACUAUGUUUAGAAGCACAUUUGGGAGACUAAUUUGGGGGAAUAACACCCUAGAAUAAUGCCUCCUGACCAAAUGUAGAAACAUUGCAUAAAUAAUAAUGUUGUAUAAU